ACUAAUGAUAGUGGGAGAAUUUGAACAACUGAAAAAGGCAAGGUUCGGCAGUUGAACAAAUUACAAUUAGUCAGAAUCAUGUAAUGGAGAACAAAAUAUUGUUUGCUAAUUAGAGUUGACACAACAGAACCUUAAAAAUUUUUGAAAGACCAAAAUUUGAUGUUUCACACCAAAAGACUCUUGUGUAAACUUGGUUCCAACAUUUUGAACGUGGGGAGAAGAACAGUUUCUUAAGUUAUUUGAUCAAUCAAGUAGUUCUAAUUAGUCUAAUAUGAUUGCUGAAAAUUUUCAGCAGCUUUCCACCGUUUAAAAAAGAGAAUGUCAAAGUCGGCAAGUUUUACCAAACAGAGGAAGUGUUAGGUGAGUGACACUUGGUUCACUAUAAAUACUACAUCCCUUGUUCCCUCCAUGCAUCAGCCACCUCGUCUUCUUCAAGUAAUUAGUUUGCUUGCUUCUUCUCUUCUUGUCUAAGGAGAUGGCUCUCUCUUUGCAGUCUGUUCUGUUCCUUCUUGCAUCCUUGCUUCUCGUGCAGACCCUGGCAGAUGCUGCAACAUGUAGCGAUUGUUUUGUUCAGUCUAGAGCAGCCUACUACCCGAAUUCUGACGAAAAGGGAACAGAAUCUGGGGCAUGUGGGUUCGGUUCGUUUGGAGCAACAAUUAAUGGUGGGGAUGUAUCGGCCGCAUCCGACCUAUAUCGAAGUGGUGUAGGCUGUGGUGCUUGCUAUCAGGUGAGGUGCACCAACAGUAAAUAUUGCUCAGACAAUGGAGUGACUGUGGUUAUAACUGACCAAGGCUCAAGUGAUCACACCGACUUUAUUUUGAGCAGGCGGGCAUUUAGUCGGAUGGCACAGACCACAGAUGCAGCUGCAUCUAUCUUAGCCCUUGGUGUAGUUGACAUCGAAUACAGACGUGUUUCAUGCAGCUACCCAACCAACAAUAUAACAAUCAAGAUUGAUGAGAACAGCAACUAUCCUAAUUACUUAGCUUUCGUUAUAUGGUACCAACAAGGCAAUAAGGAUAUCACUGCAGUGCAGCUAUGUGAGACACAGAAUUUUGUCUGCAAGCUAUUGGAUCGGAGCUAUGGAGCUGUAUGGACAACUACCUCGCCCCCAAGGGGACCCCUGUCCAUAAGAAUGCUAUUUAGCGGCAGUGAAGAAGAUGAAUCCUGGGUUGUUCCAGUUAAUAACAUACCCCAGGACUGGAAAGCUGGAGACGUGUACGACUCAGGAGUACAAGUCAGUGUGUAGCCAACCACACCAAUUCCGUGAAUGUUCAUUAACUACAUAACUACCAUUGAAAUAAACCCUUACCAGCUAUCCUUCAUUUGUUUUUCUAUUCAAUGGUUAAUCCUUGUCAUUUGUUUUAGAGUUGAAGAGGCAUGAUGAGAGUUGUGUUAUUGUCAUAAUUAAAUUAUUGUAUUGGUUGACUAAUAAAUUUGAAGGUUCAUAUA